AUGACUGGGAAUCUUGACGAAGAAGACUGUACCCUACUCAUCCAUGAUAUUCUCAAAGGGAACAGUGCGACGUAUUUAUUGUAUGCAGAUCUAGGAGAACAAAAAAGUGCUUUCCUGGGGGAGAAUAUCAAACUCUUUGUGUCAGACCUAACCCAAAAGCCAGAGCUCCACAUCCCAGAGAUUCUUUUGGCUGAGAAACCUGUGACCUUGAACUGCACCCUCAAAGGCACCUGCAAAGAAAUCCAAGCCCUCUUUCACUCCCGGAAGAACCCAGCCGUCUCCAGCAGCUCCUCCUCGGUGCCACACUUCAUCCUGAGGCCUGAGGACCAUGGCAACACCCUUGGAUGUCACUUGAACUUCUCCCUAGCCAACGUGACCAGAAGUAGCUUGGUCAAGCUCCAAGUGGUCUCACCUCCCGGGUUGUUCAAUUCCUCUUGUUCUUUGGAGAAGACAGUUCUGUGCAGCUGUUCCUUCCAUGGGAUCCCCACGCCCUCCGUGCAGUGGUGGAUGGGAGGUGUCCCUGUGGAUGUGAAGAGCAUGGAUAACAUCCUCCGGGUGACUUCUUCCACACGUGUCCCCUGGGCCAAUAGCACCAUCAACCUCAUCGGGGAGCCAGAAAUAGUCAUGAGACUUCGCUGUGAGGGGAAGAACCAAUAUGGAAUUCACACUUCCAGCUUCCUCCUGAUACCAAAUAAGAAAUCAGUUUCCAGUAUGUUCGUGAAAGGAUUAAUCCAGGGCAUUGUGUAUGGAGCCAUUGCAUUCUCAUUGCUCUUCUUCUGCCUCGUCCUCUUGUUAAUGAAGAUGCUUAACUGGUGGGAGGAACAUCAGAGUCCCAAGACCAAAGAAGGCCUGACCCUUAAGAAACCAGAGCUGCUGGAGGAACCAGAAGUAGCCAGAGUGCCUGAAGCUGACAUCCCACCAGACCGGCCUGGAGAAGUGAGGGAGGAGCUGAUACUGAUGGGGGUCCGCUUCCCCUCCUCUCUGAAGGACACGCACAGUGGUGACAACGUUCCUGAGUUUGACUUCAGUCCUGAUGCCCCACCUUUGAAGGGUCGUGGGGACUAA